ACUGACUCACUUUGUUCUCCAAAAAGUAUGGCCACCCGGAAUUCCGUGUCUCAACCAAUCUUGUCAGCCUCACUUUUCCCAGGAGCAGACCAACAAUCCUCCAUAAUGACCUCGACCUUUUGAAACAGACUUUGAAACCGACUUUGAAUUCUCCCGUGAUCAUGUCGACCGACCGCCCUCAAUUGAUGUGAUAUGUGAUGUGGCUUUCCUCGAGCUCCUCCAAGCGCUCUGCUAAAUCGACAUCCUCUCCUCGUCCCACCUCUCCCAAUUCGUCAGCCUCCCGGGCGACAUCACCCGGAUCUGCGCUCGCCGAAGUCCUUCGCAAGAAUCCUUUCCGUGCCGCAUCAAGAGAAUCGGUAGUGAUAGACCAAAAAGAAGAUGAAUCAGUCCAGUUGAACAAGGAUCUGCUGGUACUGGCUGAUUUCUUUCCAGAUGUCAACGUCGAGGUCUUUCGAGAACUUCUGGUGAGAUUCGACGGCGACAGCAGACUUCCCCUUUGCAUCGAACAACUAUACAAGUACAAGACAGAAUGGGCCCGUGGUCGCUGGAGUGUUCCCCCAAGGGACCCUGACCAUGCCAUUCCAGUCGAGGAGCAAUUCCGAACAAAGACUUAUACUGAUGCGGUCAAGCGCACUGUCACUCGAGAAUUCAGCAGCCUCAACACCAGUGCCAUCGAUGCGGUUCUUGCAGAAGUGAAUAACUCUUAUACCAACGCGCGUCCCACGCUACAAAGAUUGGCCAACAAGACUUGGAAGUCGACUUUCACCGGCAUCUUCAGAAAGAGGAAAUCCCUCUCUGAACCCUCGUCGACUCUUCUGGACAAGUCCAAACUUGAAAAUGGCACAGUGCGAUUCCUCGCCACAGGUUGUCCCGAGUUGGAUCAUGAACUGGCACGUUUGUUCUUGGUCGCCCCGCCUCUUCCACUCAGGGGCAGAGAUCAACUUGCAAUUGAUCUGGAAUUGGCAGAAGCCAUCAAUUUACAGGAAGCUGAAGAUGCUGGCGCUCUUUACGAAUGCAAGGUCUGCUACAACGACAUCACUUUUGAGAAUUUGUCUGCCUGUUCACUAGAUGGCCACGUUGUGUGUCUGGACUGUGUGAGAAGAACACUUAAUGAAGCCCUGUUCGGACAAGGCUGGGCUAGGUCUAUCGACGUAGGAAGGGCCACCUUGAAAUGUCUGGCAUCUGAUGACUGUCAAGGAGCCAUUCCUGCGGCCCUCGUCCAAAGAUCGCUUUCCAAAGAGAAAUCUGCGUCUGAAGUCUGGUCCAAGUUCGAAGAGCGCCUUGCCGACCACUCCCUCCAAGCUUCUGCAAUGCCCUUGGCUCGAUGUCCAUAUUGUCCCUACGCCGAAGCCGAUAGAGCCUACCAUGACAGAAGCUACACAUCCACCUUACGAUGGCGCCUGCGCAGGCCGAGGGACAUCAGCACACUUGGCUUCAUUCUCCUGCUUGAAUUAUUACCAGCUUUGCUUUUCGUCAUGAUACCCCUCCUUGUACUGUUUCCAAAGACUUUCACAUCAUUAUUCUACACUGCUCUCGGUCAUCUUGCUCUCCAUCAAAGAACCACUAGGUUUGUUUGUCGACGCGAAUCAUGUGCGCGCAAGUCGUGCCUCGAAUGUCUCAAAACCUGGCACGACCCCCAUAUCUGCCACGAACCCCUCAUCAUCUCAUUAAGGACCACGGUGGAAGCGGCACGGACAGCCGCCGUAAAGCGGACAUGUCCUCGCUGCGCAACCUCUUUUGUCAAGUCGUCAGGUUGUAACAAACUGACCUGUGUCUGUGGGUAUAGCAUGUGCUAUCUCUGCCGAAAGAAUAUCGGCAAGACUGGCGUUGAAGGAGGCGAAGGUUACAGACAUUUCUGUGAACACUUCCGUCCUGUACCCGGACAAAAGUGUCUGGAGUGUGACAAGUGUGAUCUCUACCAUGCAGAGGACGAAGACGCAGAAGUGAGACAGGCAGGGGAAGAGGCCGAGCGACUCUGGCGCGAAAGAGAGGGCAUGGUGGAUGUCAAGGGCCUCGAAGACGCAGUUGGCAAUAUCGCUGGUCAGGAUGACUUCUGGACUCGCCUUCUCAAUGGGAAAUGGUCGGUUCAAGGCACUGUGGAUUGGGUUGUCGAAAGAUGCAUUGUCCUUGAAUCUGAUUGAUUGAUUCGCUGAUCAACAUAAGACUGUACGACAGAUUUGUGCCUACGCUACACACACGCUACAGCUACACGCAAGUAGAGCAAUGAUGAAAUGACAUGACUUGACAUGAUUG